ACAACAUGGAAUUUCUACACAGGGAUAUUGCCUGCUGCUUCAAAAGGGGCAUCCCGACAUCAUUAUUCUACAAAAAAACAAAGGGUUAAUUCUAUAAUAUCAGCGGACCUGAAAAUUUUGACUUGAGAGUACAUUAUCCCAAAAUGCCCAAGUUACUCCUUUCAGUGAACGCGGGGUCUUCCUCCGUGAAGAUCACCUUCUAUACAAUGACAAAGCCCCCAAAGACCAUCGCGAAUGUGCAAGUAUCGGGAAUCACAGCACCGCCGCCAAAACUCAAAUAUCAACGCGGAGACGUCGAGAGCAAGGAAGAGCUCAAGGAGAAACUGUCUACCCCGCAAGACGCAUUCAAGUUCCUGCUUGACUACUGUUUCAAGAACGAGCACUUGUCAGAAGUCGCGAGCUCAGAUGACCUCGCCUACAUAGUCCAUAGAAUCGUGCAUGGAGGGGAUUUCGGAGAUGCGAUCGAGAUCAACGACGAGACUUUCGGUCAGUUAAAGCGGAUCGAGGAUCUGGCGCCUUUGCACAAUUUCCCGGCCCUCGAGAUCGUGCGACUAUGCAUGAAAGAGCUUCCCAACGUCAAGAGUAUCACGUAUUUCGAUUCCGCCUUUCACAAGACCCUUCCGGAGCACGUCAAGACAUACCCGAUCGACCAGGACGUCGCGCGAUCGAACGGUCUGCGGAAAUACGGAUUCCAUGGCAUCAGUUAUUCCUUCAUCACUCGGUCGAUUGCUGAAUUUCUGGGUAAACCACCCGAGAAGACCAACAUUAUCGCUAUGCAUAUCGGGAGCGGGGCUUCCGUCUGUGCUAUCAAGGAGGGGGGAUCGAUUGACACAUCGAUGGGGCUUACCCCACUGGCAGGGCUACCAGGCGCGACACGAAGUGGUGAUGUUGAUCCAUGUCUGGUCUUCCACUACACCAAUGAAGCAGGGAAUCUCAGUCCAGCAAGCACGAGAGAAAUGCAUAUCAGCACUGCCGAAGAAAUCCUUAACAAAAAGUCUGGCUGGAAGGUCCUGACCGGCACAACAGACUUCUCCAAAAUCGCCGUCGAGAAUCCGCCUUCCAAACAGCACAAACUGGCCUUGGACAUCGUCGUCGACCGCAUCUGCGGCUUCGUUGGUAACUAUUUCGUUAAACUCGAGGGCCGGGUGGAUGCGCUGGUCUUCGCUGGUGGAAUUGGCGAGAAGAGCUCUCUUCUGAGGAAGCGAGUUGUAGAGCAAUGCAAGUGUCUGGGAUUCGCUAUCGACGAAGCUCAGAACGAUAAAGGGCCAGAAACUGAAGAGCAGACUGUGACAGACAUCUCGAAGGAUAAGGCAAAGACACCUAGAGUGUUGAUUUGCCAGACGGAUGAACAGUAUGAAAUGGCCUUCCACUGCAUAAACUGGAAGGUCUAAAAUAUCAAGAAUCAAGGAUUCUCAGCGAGUAGAAACCGAAAGAAAGAAAACGCGAAAGACAUAUAUCACCCUCCCGAAAGAUAUGAGCACUUCAUCUUGUGCUCAUCGUGUUCUCUUCCGGAACCAAAGACAUCAGGGCAUGAAUGAAGAUCUUGGCACGAGAGCAUUCAGAAUUUCUUUGUACAUAAGUCAAGCCAGCACGGAAAAUAUUAUCUAUCUAAUCAGAAUCUCAGUCAGCUAAGGAGUGCCAAACUCCUAGUGGCAAAGAGCACAAAGAAGAAAAGAGUUGGAUAACCCCUACAACGCCUUAUCCAUUAACUUGAAAACCAAUAAGCCGCA